AUGCCCCACUCCCGCACCGUCUCGGAGGUCCGCGUGAACAAGAACACUAAUUGGCUGAACGCCCAGGGCGCCUGGCUGUGGUACCUGGGCCUCAUCGCCCUGUCAUGGCUGGCCUUCUCGGCCAUCAUGGGCCCCGGUCUCGCCUGGACCUACGUCCACCUCCUGCACGGUGUGGUGACAUUCUAUCUGAUGCAUUGGAUUAAAGGAUCGCCGAUCGAGGAGGAUCAGGGCAUGUGGGACGGUCACACUUUUUGGGAGCAGCUGGACGACGGGGAGCAGGGGACCAGGACUCGGAAGUUUUUGGCGGUGGUGCCCCUGGUGCUGUUCCUGCUGGCCACGCACGGGUCGGACUUCAGGCAGCAGCCGCUGCUGCUGAACCUGGUGCUGGUGGUAGCGCUGCUGGUGGCCAAGACGCCGGGGAUGCACGGCGUGCGCCUGUUUGGGAUAAACAAGUACUGA